CUACUGCCUAGACCCCUGAGAAGAGUCAGAGACAACCUUCAUCUUCAGCUAUUGCCUUUCCUGGUCAGAGAAACUACGCUCUGUCACGCGUCUUCCCCAACCUACUAACCUGUCAUGUCUUUAAUCUGAAAAGGCAACUCCUCCUCCCCCUUCUUCUUUCCCCUAUUCCUCACCCUCUUCCCUCGUCUUGCCCACCUCACCGAGAUGGAUCAUCGUUCCCUCCUCCUUCCUAUGGCGUCCGUACUCCUCCUCCUCUUUCUCUUCGCCAGGCCAUCCUCCGCCACCCGGUGUCCCAACUGCGGUUCCACCGCCGUCCCCUACCCGCUGAGUACUUCUUCCAGCUGCGGCGACCCCAACUACCAGGUGAUCUGUAAUGUCAGCACCGGCUCCCUUAUCUUCCCCACCCUCAACGGCUCCUCCUACCAGGUCACCAGCGUCGCUCCCCAACAGCAGAGGUUCGUCAUCCGGCCGUCGAGCUUCAUCCCUGGGACCUGCAUCACCACCGAUAUAGCCAGCGAAGGGGUUUGGCUCAACCAGAGCCUCCCCUUCAACAUAGCCGCCGGCAACAACAUCUUCUACCUCAACUGCUCCAACGCCCUCCUCAACUCGCCCCUCAACUGCUCCUCCUCCAGCCUCUGCCACACCUACGCUGACGCCUCCUCGGAGGCCGCGUCCUGCCGGAACGCCGGCAUAUGCUGCUCCUUCACCUCCGGCAGCUCCGCCAGCAACUACACCAUCAGGGUGCGGCCCACGGGGUGCCGGGCGUACCGGACCUUCGUGGUGGGGACGGACACGUCGCUGCCGUUGGCGCAGUGGCAGGAAGGCUUGGUGAUUCAGUGGCAGUCGCCGCCGGAGCUGCAGUGCCGGAGCCAGGCGGACUGCGACGCCGCCGUCGCCAGCUCGACGUGCUCGACGGACCCGGCGAGUGCUGCUGGGGUUAGGAGGUGCCUCUGCAACGUUGACUUCCUAUGGGACCCGUUCACGGGGACCUGCACCAAGAAGAAGACAAGCCGUCGCAAUCUGAAACCCCUCAUCGCAGGUUUGGCUGCUGGGCUGUCUGCAUGCAUGAUUGCAGUUUUUGCUGGACUUCUACUGUACAAAAGGCACAAGAAAGCCAAGGAAGAAAGAGACAGAAUAACCCGUGAACGGGAAGAGAUCUUAAACAGUGGUGGGAAAACAGCUAAGCUCUUCACAGGGAGGGAGAUGAAGAGGGCCACCAACUCUUUCUCCGGCGACUGCAUCUUAGGAUCAGGAGGCUACGGCGACGUGUACAAAGGUCUUCUUGACGAUGGCACAGUCGUUGCAAUCAAGUCUGCUAAGGUUGGCAACAUAAAGAGCACAGAGCAGGUUCUCAAUGAAGUCCGCAUCCUCUCACAGGUGAACCACCGUAGCCUCGUCCGCCUUCUUGGCUGCUGCGUAGAGCUCCAACAGCCUCUAAUGGUGUAUGAAUUCAUUCCCAACGGUACCCUGUAUGACCAUUUGCACGGAAGCUACGAUUUCCUCCCAUGGCGGCAAAGGCUGACAAUUGCUUAUCAGACAGCAGAGGGCCUCGCCUACCUUCAUUCAUCAGCGUAUGCUCCUAUUUACCACAGAGAUGUGAAGUCAACUAACAUUCUUCUUGACGAGAAGCUCAACGCAAAAGUCUCUGAUUUCGGACUCUCUAGGCUUGCUGAGCCUGAUCUCUCCCAUGUAUCUACCUGUGCACAAGGCACGCUUGGGUAUCUGGACCCUGAGUACUACAGGAACUAUCAGUUGACGGACAAGAGUGAUGUUUAUAGCUUUGGUGUGGUGUUGCUCGAGCUAUUGACAUCAAAGAAGGCUAUCGAUUUCAAUAGAGGAGCCGAUGAUGUGAACUUGGCAAUGUACGUUCAGCAGCGGGCAGAGGAGGGCAAGUUGAUGGAGACAGUGGACGACGAGUUGAAAUCAGGAGCUACACAGGAGGCAUUGGACACAAUGAGGGCACUUGGAUUUCUUGCACUGGGAUGCCUAGAGGAGAAGAGGCAGAACAGGCCUUCCAUGAAGGAGAUUGCAGAGGAGAUUGACUACAUCAUGAACAUCGAAGAAGCUGGUGGCAUGGCACGCUCUUAUAUGGACUCAAGCGGAUGCCCCAAGACCUGAGACCAUGAGUUUUCGCUGUGAUUGAUAAUCGUGAGAGUACUAUUAAUAUUACCAGGUUAGGGAUUUCAUUUGUUCUGAACUUAGUGGUUUAGAACUUUAGAAGCAGUAUUUUAAUUUAUGAGUAGCGUGUAAAAAUUAUCUAUUUUCCCCGAUGAAUAACAAAAGGAGAUAGUCAAAUGAAGAUGAUACUGGAUUUCGCUAAAUAA